UCUCUCCCGCUCUCUCUUCCUUAUACUAACUGUAUAGAUCGUAAGUCCCUUGGACUGUAUUAUACACUCGCGCAUUUAUUCUAGCAUAAGCCGUUCUCUCUAUUAUAUUCCACUCUCAAUUAUAUUCCCUUCCCUUCCUAUCUCUCUCUCUUUCUCUAUAUAUAUAUAUCUCUAUCCUACGCUUGUUAGUCUUUACUUAUCGAAGACUCUCUUUAUUAAAAUCCCCUUUCUAUUAUAUUUCCUCAUAUUUCUAGCUUACUGUUGUGCUGUCUCUCUCUCUCUCUCUCUAUGCUAUUCUAGUUUUCAACUUAUCAUCUCUCUCCCUGUCUCUCUCUCUCUCUCUCUGUCCGUAGAAUAUUAUUUUCCCUUCCUAUAUCAUCUUGCUUUGUAUUGUGCUCUUUCUCUCUCUCUCUCUCUCUCUCUCUCUCUGUAUCCUACUCUUGUUGUCUCCCUCUCUUUAUCCUAAUCUUGUUGGAGCUCUCUCUCCCUCUCUUUCUCUAUCCUACCCACUGUUAUUUUUCUUAAUUUAUUAUCUCUCAAUCCAUUUUUAUUCUACUUUCCCCCUCUCUCACGCUCUCUUUAUCAUUCCCUACCGUCUUCUCUCACCCUCACUUCUCUUCUCUUCUCACUUCUUCCCUCAAUUCUUCUUUUCGGAUAACAAACAAAAAUGUUUCUAUCUCUAUCCGUCUAGCUUCUGUUCCAAUUGUCUUUUCGACAGCUGUUGAAACACAAACAUGAAAUUCAUCAGGUGCCAAAGAGGCGACAGCUCGACUAGGCGAUACCCUGUAACUAAAUCAAAAUACAAAUAUCUAGAUAUACUAUUAAUGAUAGGCUAAGCAACAUCUGACUGAUGGGCAUAUAUAUAUGAAUCAUUUCUAUAUAUAGAUCAGGCUGGGAAUUUGUGGGAUCAGAAAAUUUGGAAUUUCUCGAGCGUAAAAGGUAGACAAGUUCCUACAAUACCCAAACACAAUUCUUCACCAAAAAUGAAAUAAUAAAUUGAAGAAGUAAAUAUAAUAGGUUAAUUCCCGAAGUGGAGCUCGACGAGCCACAAUACGUUUCUUGAAAUUCAGUUGUUUCUAAGCUGUGCCCGAUGUCAAGAGUCUGUCCAAAACAAAACUCGUGCUCUACUUAAACAACUGCGAUCUAAGCCUAAAUUGCACAGAUUCUUCCUUAAGGGUAUUCAAUCGUCGCAUACUCUUUCUUCAUACUCUAAGCUCGGCUGUGUUCGGCUCACGUUCGCCCAAGAACCCGAAGCUUGCCCGCAGCUUCGGCUGCGCAUUUGCCAGGGAAUCGUUGAUCGAGACACACCGCCAGCUCGGCCUAUAUUAGGCACAAAUUUUGGAUGCCCCAAGGAUAUAGUGUCCAGAUUCCUGACCGAAGCGAGUCCUUGAAUAACCAAAGUCUGACAGACGUCGCUCCUCGCCCGCCCGAAACCGAAGCCAAUUGUGAAUACUCCCUCGACAUGGCAUUCAAUCUGAAGGCUCUGCUUGCCAUGAUCUUUGUCUUUGUCGGCUGCUGCAGCAACGUCUACUUUCUGGAGCUGAUCAUCAAAAUAGAUCCCGGCGCGGGCAAUCUGAUCACAUUCCUGCAGUUCCUCUUCAUUGCGCUGGAGGGUCUCAUCUUUACCUCCAAGUUCUUCACGGUGCGUCCCAAGAUCGCGCUCAAGGAUUACGUCAAGCUGGUGGUGCUCUUCUUUGGCGCGAAUGUGUGCAACAAUUAUGCGUUCAACUUCAACAUACCCAUGCCCCUGCACAUGAUCUUCCGCAGCGGCUCGCUGAUGGCCAACAUGAUCAUGGGCAUCAUAUUGCUCAAGAAGCGCUACAAUCUGAGGCAAUACAGCUCCGUGGCCAUGAUCACAGUGGGCAUCAUACUGUGCACUCUGGUCUCCAGUGGCGAUGUCAAGGACAACACGCAUCAUUCGCUCAAGGUGGAGACCUCAUUUUCGGACGUCUUCUGGUGGAGCGUGGGCAUCGCUUUGCUGUCCGUCGCCCUGCUGGUCACGGCAUACAUGGGCAUCUACCAGGAGGUCAUCUUCAAGCGAUAUGGCAAACAUCCCAGAGAGGCACUGUUCUUUACGCACAUGCUGCCCCUGCCCGGAUUCCUAAUCAUGGCCAGCAACAUAGCCCAACACUGGAAGAUAGCUGUUGCCUCCGAGACGGUGGCUGUGCCCAUGCCAGGCAUCAGCUGGUCCCUGGGCUUUCCGCUGAUGCUCUUCUAUCUGCUGUGCAAUGUGGUCACCCAGUACAUCUGCAUCAGCUCGGUUUAUGUGCUGACCACGGAGUGCGCCUCGCUCACUGUCACUUUGGUGGUCACGCUGCGCAAGUUCGUCUCGCUGCUCUUCUCCAUCAUCUACUUCCGGAAUCCGUUUACCCUCAGCCACUGGCUGGGCACCGUUCUGGUCUUCUUUGGCACCAUACUCUUUGCGGAUGUGCUCAAUCAGCUGCUGGAGACGUACAGGUUGCGCCUGGAGAAGCGCUUCGAGGCGGCGCCAAAGACCAUUGAAUACAGUCGCAUUUGAGGCU